AAAUAGAUAUAAUUAUAUUUAUGCUAUAAAUUUAUUGAAAUCACGUAUACUUAUGGUUAUAACGGUAGACGUUUAAUUAUAUAAAGAGUAUAUUGUGAAGAUGUUACUGUUCUCUUUGAAUCAUACAUGAAACAAAAGAUUGUAUUAAUAAAACUAGUUUAUAUAGCUAGCACUAGAAUUCCUGGCUCAUUUGAACCUAACACGAGUUUGUACAUAUUACAAUAUUGUAUGUAACUAACCACCUAAUUUUAAAAAUGUUAAAACCUUUAUCUAUAUUUAUAUUAUUAUCAUUAAACAUAUUAAAAUUCUCUGUAUGUUCUAAUUUGUUGGAACAAAUCAAAUGGAACAAUGAAAUUAUUGAAAAUUAUCUAAGGGUUAACCCAAACAUAAGAUUACCAAAAGACUAUGUGAUAACAGCUGCAGAGUCAAAGGAAAAUAUGCAAGAAUUCGAAAUGGGUUUGCAAAAUGAAGACACAUACCUAAAUAUUACUCAGCUAAUCACAAAGUAUGGAUAUCCUGUUGAGAAACAUAUUGUGCAAACUUCAGACGGGUAUGUGUUAAAUCUAUUCAGAAUACCGAGCAACGGUCGUCCGGUAUUUUUAAUGCAUGGCUUCGUGUCAAGUGCAGAUGAUUGGAUAACUCCAGGUGUUGACAGCGGAAUCGCUUAUCUUCUCGCUUCAAAAGGAUAUGACGUGUGGAUGGGAAACGCAAGAGGCAACAAACACUCAAGAUACAAUAUAAAUUUAAAGCCGACACAAAAAUCGUUUUGGGAUUUUAGCUGGCAUGAAAUUGGAAUAAUUGAUUUACCCACUAUGAUCGAUUAUGUAUUGCAGAGAACUAACACUAAAAAACUUAGCUAUAUAGGACAUUCUCAGGGGACGACUGCGUUUUUCGUAAUGUGCUCUCAAAAACCAGAAUACAAUGAAAAAAUUACCGUAAUGAUUGCAUUAUCAGCAGUCGCUUGGAUGUCGCACCUCGUGAGCCCUGUAAGAUUACUGGUACCUUUUACUCCAUACAUACUCAGCGUAUCCGAAGCAUCACAUCAAUAUGAAAUAGCACCAGAUUCAAAAUUAUUUCAAGUCUUUCGCCAAGCAGUUUGUGGUACUGAACUUCUAGCGAUUACUGUUUGCCUAAACUCCUAUUCUAUGGUUAGUGGAUUUGACUAUUCACAAAUUAAUUUUAAGCAAUUGCCUGUAUUGUUUACUCACAACCCCACUAGUUCAUCUGUAAAACAAGCUACUCACUAUUCUCAGUUAAUCUCGUCUGGUACUUUCCGUCAAUACGACUACGGAGCAUGGGGCAAUUUGCAUAAGUACAGAUCAGUCUCACCUCCACCGUAUCCUGUUAAUAAAAUAUCAGCACCAGUAGCUAUAUUUUACAGUGACGGAGACUGGCUUUCAAGUGUCACGGAUGUGAAUAUUUUGCGAUCAAAACUACCAAAUGUAGUAGAUUUUUAUAGAGUGCCAUUGACUUAUUUUAAUCAUUAUGAUUUUAUUUGGGCCAAAGAUAUAAAAACGCUCAUACUUCCUAAAAUUUUACAGCUUCUUGAAAAAUAUAGCUAAAAAUCUAGAUCCUAAUAAAAUAAACA